CAAAAUACACGUCUGACUACAUGGAAGAGUGAUAGAAUUAUUAGUGGUGUUCACCCGAAGUUAAGUCUAGGUUACACGACAUGUAACUUUUACGGUGCAAAUGCAAGGGACAGAACUCACGACAUAACGGAAGUUGUAACCGGCAAAAUGAAGAUCCUGUCUAUGUUUGUUAUCUUGCUUCUUGCAAGUUUCCAAGGUUAUCUUGCUGAUGAUGAAGGAGAAGCAAGGCUUCUAGCAUCUAAGAACAUCCUUAAUCAAUACCUUGUUGAAGAUAAAGACCUGACAGUUGAAUAUAGAAUAUACAAUGUUGGUGGAAGUGCUGCACAGAAAGUUCGACUUAGUGACGACAGUUUCCCUGAGGCAGAUUUUGCAGUUGUUGCUGGUAAUCUAGAAGCUUACUGGGAAAGAAUUGCUCCAAACACAAAUGUUACCCACUCUGUCAUCUUGAAACCACUGAACUUUGGAUAUUUCAACUUUACCGCCGCAGAAGUUAGCUAUUCUUCAAAUGAUGAUUUUGAUAAAAGACAGGUUGGUUAUACAAGUGCCCCAGGAGAAGGUGGUAUUGUAAGCUUCAAAGAUUUCAACAGAAGAUUUUCACCUCAUGUACUUGACUGGAUGGUAUUUGCUGUUAUGACACUGCCAUCUCUAGGUAUUCCAUUCCUUUUGUGGUUCUCUAGCAAAUCCAAGUAUGAUUCAUCAAAACCAAAGAAGAGCUAACGUGCCUGCAAUUUUAGUCUUUUUUUAUUUAAAAAACAAUUUCAUGCUUUAAUUUUCUGUACACAUGUUUUUUACCAUCACUUAAUAAUGUGUCAAAUUAUUAUUGUCUGUUAAAUGAAGUAAUGAAGGAACCUUAAGGUGACCUGGUAAAAUGUUCGGGUUAACAUUUUAAGGCAGAAAUUUUAUAAAGAUUAAGUCAUAAACAAAAUGUGAAGAAAAAAAAACAUUUGAUUAAUGUUUGCUUCACUUGAAGAAAGUAGUCAAAAUUAUGUGUUUCUAUUCCUAUGUACAUAGUGUUAGCAUUAAUUAAGCAAUAGAAAAGAGUGACAAGGUCACAUAAAGUCUCAAUUUUCUCAUUUAAUUUUCUUUAGGGGAGACUAUUU